AUGAUCCUGGGUUUGAGUCCCCGAUGCCCCCUCCUGGUGAUGCUCUGCCUCCUGGGCAUCUCCUGCCAGGCGUGGGCUGGCACGGACGCCUCGCCGCAGCCAGCCGUCACUGCAGCUUCCUUCCUGCAGGAUCUCCUGCGCCGGUACGGCGAGAGCGACAUGCUGACCCUGCAGCAGCUCAAGGCCCUGCUGAAUCGCCUCGACGUGGGGGUGGGGCACGAGAACAUCUCCCGAUCGGAGCCGCAGCGCAGGAACCUCUCCCGGUGCUUCAGCUCCUCCGAGCUCUUUGCCGCCCACAACCUGAGCGAAGGGUCCCAUGUUGGCCCGAGCAAGUUCCAGGAGUUCUGCCCGACCAUCCUGCAGCAGCUGGAGUCUCGGGCGUGCACGGCAGAGAACCUAGAGAACGAGGAGAAUGAGCAGACGGAGGAGGGGAAGCCCAGCUCGGCGGAAGUCUGGGGUUACGGUUUCCUCUGCGUGACCGUCAUCUCCCUCUGCUCCCUGGUGGGAGCCAGCGUGGUGCCCUUCAUGAAGAAGACCUUUUACAAGCGGCUGCUCCUCUACUUCAUAGCUCUGGCGAUUGGAACUCUCUACUCCAAUGCCCUCUUCCAGCUCAUCCCCGAGGCCUUUGGAUUCAACCCUCAGGAGGAUUAUUAUGUCUCCAAAUCUGCAGUGGUCUUUGGGGGCUUUUACUUGUUCUUCUUCACAGAGAAAAUCCUGAAGAUGCUUCUCAAGCAGAAAGAUCAGCACCAUCAUGGGCACAGCCACUACAGCCCUGAGACCCUCCCCUCCAAGAAGGACCAGGAGGAAGGGGUCACUGAAAAACUGCAGAAUGGGGACAUGGAUCACAUGAUCCCUCACAGAACCAGUGAGCUAGAGUGCAAGAACCCAUCUGUGGAUGAGAAGGUCAUUGUGGGCUCUCUGUCUGUCCAGGACCUGCAGGCUUCCCAAAGUGCGUGCUACUGGCUGAAGGGGGUGCGAUACUCUGACAUUGGCACACUGGCCUGGAUGAUCACCCUGAGUGACGGGCUCCACAACUUCAUCGACGGCCUGGCCAUCGGUGCCUCCUUCACCGUGUCUGUCUUCCAAGGGAUCAGCACCUCCGUGGCCAUCCUCUGCGAGGAGUUCCCCCAUGAGCUGGGUGAUUUCGUCAUCCUGCUAAACGCCGGAAUGACAAUCCAGCAGGCGCUCUUCUUCAACUUCAUCUCGGCCUGCUGCUGCUACCUAGGACUGGCCUUUGGGAUCCUGGCCGGCAGCCACUUCUCUGCCAACUGGAUCUUUGCUCUGGCUGGUGGGAUGUUCCUCUACAUUGCGUUGGCUGAUAUGUUCCCAGAGAUGAAUGAAGUGAGCCAGGAGGACGAGCGGAACGGCAGUGCCUUGAUUGCCUUCGCUAUCCAGAACGCAGGGCUGCUGACCGGAUUCAUUAUCAUGCUGCUGCUCACCAUGUUCUCAGGCCAGAUCCAGAUAGGGUAG